CACAUAAAAACCAAUUUUUCUCACGGCGUUUUUAUGUAAAUAAUGUGUUGCAGUGACUCAGCUAUCUAUGGAUUGGGUAGGGCCAAGCAUCGAAGUUGUUAAGCUUGUUGGUGGUCGAUUUGUGAGAUAUGUGAAAUACCAGAUAAAAUAUACUGAUCUUUUGCAAGAGUUCGCGGAAAGCAAACAAGUCUUGCGCAGUCGAAGAGAUGAUAUCGAAUCAAAACGGGAGACUCAGCUUCAAUAUGCACCUUACAAUGUUGUAAGGACGGAAGUGGAAGAUUGGCUUAAAGAAGUAGAAGAAUUUAUUGGAAGACAGGAUGUUGUUGAUGAAGUGAACAGUCGGGGGUGUCUUUCUUGGAGUUGCCGAGCAGUGAUUCUAGAGGGAAGAACACAGGAAUUGAAGGAAAUAUAUGAUAGAGGGGAUAACUACACUAGGGACUGUUUGGUCAUUGAAGAUCACUCCAAAAAAUUCAAUUAUUAUGUGCAGAAUUUUAAUGAAUUGAAAGAGAAGCUGCAGUGCAAACAGGUAGACAUCCGUUCAAAACUGAAUUUACAACUUGUCUCUGGGAAAAUUGAAAUGGAGCAAGUCAAACGUUGGCUGGGGAAAGUGGAAGAGAUGUUGAAUGGAGUCAAAGAUAUUGAAGAUAAAAUGGGAGGGAGUCCCCAACAUUCUUCUGAUUCUCUAGUAAUGCUUCUUAGAGAAAAGAUUCAAGAAAUGGAGAGAAUGUGUGAAGAAGGAAGUCAAUUGCCAGACUGUUUGGUCAUUGAUGAUCCGUCAGCCUCGGUAGUUGAAUUAACAACAUCAGAGUUACAAGGCAGUGAGGCUGUUAAAGCAAAUAUUUUGGAAUGCUUGAAGGGAGAAAAGGUGACAAUGAUUGGAGUUUGGGGGAUGGGGGGUGUCGGGAAAACAACAAUAAUGAAGCAUGUCUAUAAUGAACUGUUAAAAGAAGGUAAAUUGAAGAAACUAAUUUGGGUAGAUGUGUCACAAAACUUUGAUAUCAACAACCUGCAAAAACAAAUUGCAUGUACCUUGAAGGAAAAGUUGGAAGAGGAUCAAAAUACAACUAAUCGUGCAUCCAUGUUGUCAAUGAUGCUAGAAAAACAGAGGCCUUACUUGCUGAUUCUUGAUGAUGUGUGGAGCAGUUUCAAACUUGAAGAUGUUGGAAUUCCUAAGCCAAAUGAAACUAAUGGCUGCAAGUUAGUAUUGACUACACGGUCACAAGAGGUUGCUCGUUCAAUGGGUUGUAGAAGAAUCCAAGUGGAGACUCUUCCAAAAGAGAAAGCUUUAAAAUUGUUUUUAAAUAAAGUUGGAGAUACUGUUUUAUCAUGUUCAGGAGGAGGCAUUAAAGAGGAUUUAGAGUCAACUUUGAAGGACAUUGUGGAUGAAUGUGAUGGUCUUCCGUUGGCACUUAUUACAGUUGCUGGCAGCUUAAAAGAGAUAUCUGAGUCACGGUUGUGGAGUGUUGCACUGAAUCAAUUGAGAGAAUGCAAAAGAAAUGUAGCAGGUACAGAUGAUGCUGAUGCAUUUCAGAUAUUAAAGUUCAGUUAUGAUCGUUUGAAAAACCAACAGAUCCAAUAUUGUUUCUUAUACUGUGCACUGUAUCCUGAGGAUUACAAGAUUCCAGAGGAGAAAAUAAUUGAAAACUGGAUUGAUGAGGGGUUUAUAGAUGAAAUGGAACAUCGGCAAUCAAUGAAGGAUGAGGGUUAUGGUAUUUUGCAGAAGCUUGAAGACAAUAGCUUGUUGGAAUUGAUUAAAGAUGAUUUUACAGGAGCUUGUGUGAGGAUGCAUGACCUGAUCAGGGACAUGGCCUUGGACAUUAUAAGAAUGAGUCCUCAAUUCUUGAUAGAAGCUGGCAAGGCAUUGAAAGAGCUACCAGAGAAAGUAAAAUGUGUAGAAGGAGUUGAAAAGGUUUCAUUAAUGCAUAAUUAUAUUGAAGAAAUUCCAUCAAGCUUGGCAUUUUCAACAAGGCUCACAACCUUGCUACUGGCCCAUAACUCAUUGUCAACAAUUCCAGAAUCUGUCUUUGAGCACAUGCCUGAGCUAAAAAUUCUUGAUCUGUCCUUCAAUUGGAGGCUAAGUAGCUUGCCAAAUUCUGUCUCCAAAUUGGUGAAGCUUACUACAUUGUUGCUAGAAUCAACAUCCCUAGAAAAGGUACCAUCUUUAUCAGGCCUUGGAUCCUUGAAAAAGUUAAACCUUGGGGGGACAAAAAUCAAAGAAGUCCCUGAAGGCCUGGGAAUGUUGAAGAAUUUGAAAUGUCUUUUUCUUUGUGGAUCAAAGUAUGGCAAUAUUCUUGAAAUAGAUGAAAUAGCAGAUGGAGUAUUAUCAAAUCUCUCCAAACUUCAGGAGUUAAUUGUAGAUGGGAGCAGAAUAAAAUUGAAGGGGGACGUGGUUGGGAGAUUGAAGAAGUUGGAAGUUUUUCAUGGCUGGUUCCCCACUGCGAAUGAAAUGAGAAUUUUUCUCAAAUGUGAGCCUAAUAGGCUGAGUGACUAUUUUAUUAUUGUUGGAAGCAAUUUGAAUUUGCCUUACCAUCUUAUAAAAAGGUCACCAAGAUAUAAGAAAAUGAUGGUGCUCAAGGAGACUAGUAUUGUUGGAGAGAAUAUGUUAUUUUCCUCCGUACAAGAAUUAUGUAUUGACGCUUGCCACGACAUAAGAAGCUUAAAUGAUACUUCUGUAAUCAAAGAUGCAACAGAAUUGAGGAGAUGUUCGAUUUCGAAUUGUGAUGGCAUGGAGUGCAUUCUUUCCUCGUGGAUUAACAACCCAGUCGUUCAAAACCUUGAGUGUCUGGAUAUGUCCAAUUUGCACAAAUUGGAUGGGUUGUUUGAAGCAAACGUCAUGGCGACGUCAUCACCUCCACCUAGGGCUUUUUCAUCUCUCCAGGACGUUCGGAUUCAGGAAUGCAAAAAAAUAAGGAAGUUGUUUUCAUCUUGGAAGUCGGUGGAAUAUCUCCAAAAUCUAGAAAGGAUUAGUGUCUGGCGUUGUGAAGAAAUGGAAGAAAUGAUAGCAUCGGAUCCAGAAGAAGAAGGAGAAGGAGGGGACACCAUCAAGAAGCUCAUUCUUCCAAAAUUAAAAUAUCUGAGUUUACAAGAAUUGCCAGCAUUGAAUAGCAUCUGUAGCAGGAGGGCAGUAAUGGUAUGCGAUUCUCUUGAAGUGAUUAGCAUUUGUGAUUGCAAGGGCCUAAGGAGGAUGCCUCUUUCUCUUCCCCUGGUUGAUAACGCCCAACCAUCUCCUCCUCCUUCCCUCAAAGAAAUCGUGAUAAAGCGAAGUGAACUAGUAUGGUGGGAAUCGUUGGAGUGGGACCAUCCCAACGCAAAGGAUCUCCUUCAACCCAUGGUUCAUUUUUUUUUUGAACCCAGCAUUCCACAAUCGGAGUAGGAACAGUCGGAAUCGGUCCAGAAGAUUGAAAGUGGAUCAGGAAGCCGGUGCAUUCAACCAGUCUGUUGUUGCUUUUCCUUCCGGGCUUCAAAAGAUAUCCCUUCUACUACCAUUGUGUGGAUUGUUUUAAUGUGAUUCUUGUGUUUUCAUACUCUCUCUGUAAACUAAUUGUGUGAAAAACUGAUUUAGAACAUCAUCUGUGUUCUUAUGUAUUUUGUUGCAUUGUUAUGUAUCUUGGUUGUACCAUGUCCAUACAUAAAUAUGUGUUUUCAAU